AUGAGUUCCAGGCUCGCACUUAUAAGCAAAAAUAUCAUAUGUGAAGGGUAAAUCCUAUUUAGCUCCCGUCAGCCCUAUCAUGGAUUUAUCUUGGUCGAAGACGGUACAAUUUCCCAAAUCCUCCCUUAUAAUAAAGAUACUUAUGAUACUCUUAUGGAAGAGUACCUCGUAGAGGAUCUAGGCGAUCUUUUCAUAUCUCCCGGGCUGAUAGAUUUAAAUGCAUCUUUUGGCUGUGAAGGGGUCUCAGUCACAACCAAGGCUGGGCUUAGUGGAGGAGUUACAUGCAUUUCAACGACUGACAAACUUGACGGUGAAAUUUACACUGAUAUAGCACCUUUGGUACAAAUUUCAGACGAUAAGAUCGAAGAAAUUCCUAGCCUUAUUAAUGGUAAUGCUUUUGGGUUGAAAGCAUUUUUAGUCCCACAAGGCCCAGAAACGCAAAUUUUGACAAAAAUUGAAGAAGUCUUGAGGGCGGCUGGGGAAAAUUUCCCGAUCUUUAUACACCCGGAGUUUACAAGUCAUAAGGAGCUGCUGGAGAAUACACCGUUUAGAAUGGUGGAACCUGAAGAAAGAGGUAGAAUGCCAUCAGAAUUUAAGAUUGAGGAGUUUCCGGAAAGUGAGGAAUCAAGCUCUAGCAGUGAUGAAAAAAAAUCCUAACUCCCCCCCCUCCGUGAGCGAACAAAACCAUUAGAAAAAUCGCCAUUUUUUGACCAAAAACCCACCCUCCGUGAGUGAACAAAAAUUUUUUUAAUAGAAAAAAUUUUAAUGGAAAAAAAUUUUGAUAUAUAAGUGAUAAUUAGUAUAAUGAAAUCUAGAGCUAAUUCUGUUUAAUUUUAAACAAAUUGCGUUUUAAAACAUAAAUUUUGCAAAUUAAAUUAAUAUUUGCUUCCCAAUUUUUGCAAAUUAGGAUUUUUUUAAAUUUCGAAAAAAAAAUAUUUUUUAUAAAAUUUAUAUAUAAAUUUUUUUUUAAAAAAAAAAAAUUAACCCCCCUCCGUGAGCGAACAAAAUUUUUUUGUUCGCUCACGGAGGGGGGGGGGGAGUAAAGUUUAUUUAAAUGAUUAAAAAAGCAUUUUUAUAGAAGCUUUUUCGAUGAAAUUUGAGCCAAAGCAUAAGUUUGCAAAAGGCAGAGUCAUUAAAAUAAGUUUUUUAAAUUGUGAUAAGACAAAAAUAAAUCCAUAAAUCUAUAAUGAAUCAAUUUUGUCUUAUAAGAGAAGAAAAUAUCAAUGCAGUAUAUCAAAUAAAGCAGGUGAUUUAGCGCCGCAUAAAAAUACUCAAUAGUUUAAUUUAGAUUAGAUGAAGAAAUUCAGCCUUUUGAUUAUACCCCUGAUGAAAGCCCUACAACCAAAGAUGCAGGCGGAAUCCGCAGAACUUCAUUUAAAAUUCCUGUCGUAAUUUCUCCAUUUGAACUUUCUCCAAGAAAAAGCCCUGACAAAAAGCGUGGAUCUUUGCCUAACGUUUUAAGUAUCAUCCAAAAUCGACAUCCAGCUGAAGAAAUAAAAAUCACUCCAAAUAAAACAAAAGAAAAAAGGCACUCAAUUUUGUGUACUUUAGGGACAAAAAAUAAGCCAAUUCCUCCACAGGAUUUGCCGUUUAUGAAAAGAGGCAGCAUUAGCUCAGAGUCUUAUAAAUAUCAUAUUAUAUAAAAAUUACCUAUAAACUUCCAAUUUGUCUAUUAUUUUAUUUUUUUUAUAGAAAAUGACUAAUAAAUCCCUAGUAAAAAUCUUGAAAAUCCUAAAAUUUUAUAUCAAAACCUUUCCAGAAAACUGGGAAACGGACGCUGUCGAAAAAGUCUUAAGCUUAAAUAUCAAGGCAAAAAUUCAUUUUUCUAACGUCUGCUCUAACAAAGCUAUAGAGCUUAUUAGAACCUACAGAGACUCCUACCCACACCUUACUUGUGAGUCUUCUUUACCUUAUUUAUAUUUUUCAAAUGAAGACGUAAAGCCAGGAGAUACACGCUACAAGCUAAACCCACCAAUAAGGGACAGCAAGAAUUUCAAGCUUUUAUGGGACUCUUUAAAACUCCGCUAUAUAGACUCUAUAUCAAGCUACCAUCAGCCUGUGUCUCCUCCUCAAAAAUUUUUAGGGGAUUUUAGAAGAGCUGUUAAUGGAGUAUCAAGUAUGGGCUAUUUGCUACAAGGUAUAUGGACAAAACUCAAAGCUGAUGUAAGGGAGGAUAAUGAAAAAUCAUUUUUAGUUUUAAUGUCUCAGUGGGUUUCUCAGGUUCCUGCAGAAAUUUUAGGAUUGAAAAAUAAAGGAUCAAUUUCUGCUGGAAAUGGAGUACUUUUUUGAUAGGAACAUUUUGAUAGAUAAAUUUUUCCCAAGAAAUUUGAUUGAAUUUUUAUCCUCUUAAGAUAUUUGAUCGAAAUUUAAUCAUUUUUUCAGAAAAAUUUCGAAAAAAAAUACCCGAGAAAUCACACUGCCUAAACAUUCGGAUAAAUGGCAUGCAGCCGCUGGAAAAGAUGCUGAUUUUGUUGUAUGGGACCCUUAUCAGAAAUUUGAAGUAAAAUCAACUGAAAAUAUCCCUUCAGAGAUGUCACCACUGAUAGGAGAAGAACUUUAUGGAAAAGUGAUGAGGACUUAUAUUAGAGGUAAAUUAGCAUUUAAUGAAAAUACAAGGAUGGUUUGUGCAGUUGGAGAGGUGCUGAGGAGAAACGAUAAAUAG